UGAUAAACUGUAUCUACAUCCUACAAAAUGAAUGCAAUGUUAUUGAAUUUAGCAGGAAAGUGCUUGUCUUAAGGGCAUAAAUAUUAUCUGACUGGAAGCAGACGGUAUGAGGAAGUGUUUUUUGUUUGUUUGGGGUUUUGGUUUUGUAUACGAAGGAGAAAGGGGAAGGAGUUACUAAGUCUGAGAGCUUGCUUGUUCUGUUCGUGUAGCAUUCUAAAAGGAACAGUGCGUGGAUCGAGCACUAAUAUCCAUUGGACUGGAGGCUUCUCUGUAACUGGGAGACGUGCUUCUGCAGUGCAGGGUAACAAAUGCAUGUGGGAGUCUGCUGUGAGCCAGGCACUACGGAGACAGCAGAAAACUGGGGUCAAUUGUUCCCAGGCCUUGUCAUCAGGAUGCCCACAGCCUCACUAGGGAGACGUAUCUGCAAAUACAAACACGAGAUGUCUGAAGCGUUGGAUGCUGUGGGAGAGGUCAGCAUGGGUAUGAUGCAUUUUAGGGAAGAUACACCUGGUCCCUUGGCAGCAGGCUAUUGCUGUGCUGUGCCUCGUGUGACUGGGCCUCUCACCAAGAGUACCUCUGCCUGACACUUGUGGAGGGUCAGACCAUAAAAACACUGCUAAGGAGUGCUCACAUGGCCAUGAAACAGCCCAGCAGGAAGAGGAAGCUUAAUACGGAUUCCAGAGAGCGUUUGGACCUGGAUGGAUGUUUGGAGCAAGCUGGAGAAGAGAAGAAGCCCAGGGAUGGUGGGACCCCCUUGAGUCACGCCCCCACGGCAGCCGCGCGGGAAGCCUGGUCCUGGGAGCAGUACCUGCAGGAGCAGGAGGCGGUGGCCGCGCCCGUGGAGCUGUUUUCCAAGGACCAGUCCUUCCCGGAGCAUGAAAAUGGCUUUCAGGUUGGAAUGAGAUUAGAAGGUGUUGACCCCCGACAUCCAUCUGUGUUUUGUGUGCUUUCUGUAGCUGAGGUAUGUGGUUACCGUCUAAGGCUUCAUUUUGAUGGUUAUUUAAGCUGCUAUGAUUUUUGGAUCAACGCUGGUUCCCCUGACAUCCAUCCAGUAGGCUGGUGUGAAAAGACCAAGCACGAAUUACACAUCCCUAAGGGUUAUAGAAAAGAUAAAUUCGGUUGGGUGGAUUACUUGAAGGCCUGCAAAUUGCAAAAUGCUCCCAAGAGAUUAUUCAGAAACAGAAGUUCUAGCGGUCCGGCGCCUAAAGACCUUGAGGUUGGGAUGAAGCUGGAGGCCGUAGACAGGAGGAACCCCUCCUUGGUGUGCGUGGCGACCAUCGCAGAUGUUGCUGAAGACCGCUUGCUGGUGCAUUUUGACAGCUGGGAUGACAGUCACAGUUACUGGUGUGAUGUAAAUAGUCCUUACAUCCAGCCAGUUGGUUGGUGUCGGGAGAAUGGGAGAACUCUGGUAGCCCCUCAAGGUUAUCCUGAUCCAGAAAAAUUUUCCUGGACAGAAUAUCUGGAAGCUACUCAAACUUAUGCAGUUCCUGCCCGAGUUUUUAAAAUGCGGUUGCCCCAUGGUUUUCUCCCGAAUAUGAAACUUGAAGUUGUGGAUAAACGAAACCCCAGGUUAAUCCGUGUUGCUACGAUUGUGGAUGUCGAUGACCAAAGAAUAAAGGUUCAUUUUGAUGGCUGGGACCACAAGUAUGACUACUGGACAGAUGCAGACAGCCCUGACAUUCACCCAGCUGGAUGGUGCGACGUCACCGGGCAUCCCCUGGAAGUGCCCUGUCGAGCAAAUGAUGUGAAAAUCCUUCCAGGUCAAGCUGUGUGUCCUACUCCGGGGUGCCGAGGAAUAGGCCACAUCCGGGGUCCGCGGUAUUCAGGACAUCACAGUGCUUUUGGCUGCCCGUAUUCGGACAUGAACUUGAAAAAGGAGGCAACGCUUCACGAUCGUCUGAGAGAACAAACAAAGGCAGAUUUGGAAUCAGACCUUGCACGUUUAAAAUCGAAAAACCUCUGUAGUUUGAACUUCAGCGGAAAACAUGAAAACAUCAACAAUCAGUGCAGACUUGUACAGCAGGCAAAGUGUGGGAAAAUCAGAGAAGAAGAUACUGCCUUGGAUAAUCCGCUCAGAGAGCACUCGGCCCAGCGGACCCAGCAGGUGCUGCACCUGUCAGUCUUCACGUCGGCCCUGUCGGCCCAGCCUUUCCGGGUCCUUCCCCUCGGCCGCGAGCAGCAUCGCAAGCUACUCCCAGGCGUGGCUGAUGUCCGGGCUGGCGAGGUGGCCCAGUGGACAGUGGAUGAGGUGGUGGAGUUUGUGCGGUCUCUCCUGGGCUGCGAAGAGCACGCCAAGUGCUUCAAGAAAGAGCAGAUUGAUGGCAAAGCCUUCCUGCUCCUGACGCAGGCAGACAUCGUCCAGGUGAUGAAGAUCAAGCUGGGUCCCGCUCUGAAGAUCUAUAACUCCAUCCUCACGUUCAGGCACUCCCAGGACCUCACCGGGGAAGGUGCCGUCUCGGGCCAGGACAUCAGGGGUAAACAUUCCACCUGAUGGGCUGUGGCCACGUGACUUGUUCUCAGCGGAUGAUCUGGAACAGGACAGAUGGUUCCAGGCAGAAGCAGAGUUGAGCUGCUGUGUUCCUGGAGGAUGGGUUAGUCAGACCAAAAGAGCUUGAUCCCGGAGUCGAGCCAGCUGCCAGAAAUCCCCACUCUGUCACCC